GCCCCACCCCGUGUGUGUGUGUGUGUGUGUCCCCCGCCUUCCGCAGCCCAAUCAGGGCGGGUUGGACGAAUUCAAACCCCGGCCCCGCAACCACCGGGCGGCUUCGCUCCGCUCUCUCGGCCGGGAACGGGGCCGGGCCGGUCCGGAUGGGCUCGGGGAGCCGCGGGGCGGGCGCGGCCCCCGCCUGCCGCCCGGAGCGCAGGAACCCGCUCCAGCGCGAGUGAGGAGCAGCUGCCUUCCCUGCGUGCUCUCCAGGAGAGAGGCGGCUGCUCCUUCCCUCAAGAUGGCAAGUGAUGGAGCCGGGAGCCCACGCCAACCAGCCCAAGAAAGCUGGACCCUGGAGAUCCUCCCUCAGUGACGCGGCUGUGUGGACUCAGCCUUCUGCUGCAGUAGCAAUGCUGGUGUCCCCAUGCAGCCACAUUGAGGAGCUCUUGUCCCAGGCAGGAGCGAGUCCCGCGCUCGGUGUAGCAGCUAUGGAGUAACCCCCCCUCGGUGCGUGGGCGCAGCGGGAGCCUGACGCCGGGCAGCUGAACGCCCCCAGCCCACGCACUCCUCGCCUCUGCCAUGAAUGAUGCAUCGACGAUGGAUUAUGAACUGCUCUCCCCCUCCUUGGUGGAGCACCCAGCCGGCGCCGCGGGGAUGGACGCCGAGCAGAAAACCGUCUUUGCCUUCGUCAUCUUCCUCCUGGUCUUCUUGGUGAUGCUGAUGGUGCGCUGCUUCCGCAUCCUGCUGGACCCCUACAGCCGCAUGCCCGCCUCCUCCUGGACCGACCACAAGGAGGGCUUGGAGAGGGGCCAGUUCGACUACGCCUUGGUGUAGAGGGCAGGGACAGGGCGAGCCCAGGUGCUCUCUGUGCCUCCCACCCCCGCUGGCCCGGGCCACCCCUUCCUCUGUGGUGUCACCCCGGACCACCAGAGAUGCUCCGGGCAGGGAGGUGAGGUCGGGCUUGUGGCCACCGUGGGUUUUCUAGGGGUUUCUUUUCUAAGCACUUUUCAGUUCUCUUGGCAGCCCGCGGGACUCUCGGAGAGAUGUGUUGGAGGGGUGAUGUCGCUCGUGGUCCCUGCUGUCCCCCGUGUCCCCCGGCUGUGUCGUGGGGCAGGAGGCGAUGGGACAGGGCACGGCGGGACCUGCCCUUGGCCACGGUCCAUGGGGUUCCUGCUCGGGGCGGCUCUGCCCGCUGCUCAACCAGAGCUUUGAUCCCCACCUCCUCCUGCCCCCCGUGUCCCCCCGUCUGUGUCCCCCGGGAGCGCUGCCGUGGUCCAGUGCGCGUGUGUGUGUCUCUGUAGCUGAGCUGUGUCCGUUGGGGGGUUUGUAGGCACCGGACCCAAGUGCUGGCUUUGUUCCUCAGUGUGUGGCAGCCCCAAGUGCCCCCUCCAAGAAGAGAGGGGGAGAUGGUGACCCCCUCCAUGCGCAGCCCCCUUUUGGCAUCCAGCCCUGCAGCCUGCUCUCUGCUUCACACCGUAGUGACCUGUCCCUGCCCAGCUGGUGAAACUGGUCUGAACGUGGUGCCAUCACACAGACCUGCCUGGGUGGCCCUGCUGGGACCCCAGGAGGGCUCCAAGCUCCACACGAUGCUUGGGAGAUGCUCCUUAGCCAGCCCAAGCCUGGCAGCCUCCCACCAGCAUCCCACCAUGGCCAGUCCCUGCUCCAGCAGGACUGGGGUUAUGUGCCCAAGUCCUGGGCUGCUGGGGGUGGCCGACACCUCCCUGGCCAUCCCGCAUCUGGGCAUCCAAAGGGCUGUGGAAGUUCUAGAGGGGAAAACCAAGCUCUCUUCCUGCCCCUCUGUGGGAACCAUGCCCGGUGAGCAGGGGUGCUGCAGCUAGCCACAGGGCUAGCGAAGGCCAUGGUGGGUUAUGGCUGUGGUCACUAAGGAGCUUUGUACCAAGGGCUUUGAGCCCAGGGAGGAGAAACUCUUCCCCACCACGGAAAUAAAGCUGCACUGUGCUAACCCCA